UCGCCGACAGACAGUCCGCCAUUCAUUCACCAUUUGUCGCAUUAUAACGCACCCAAUCCUCACCAGUCGGUCGCCUAUCUCUACAAACGCUUUUGCGACGUCCGGGCCGUCGAGUUUGCGCGCGGCUAUCGGUUGACACCGACCGCUGUCGAGCCCCUCUCCUUCACUGUUCCCAGACUUCGGACCGAGUAUUUUCAGGACGACUUAUUCCCGGCCACUCGUGUCCAAUGGGAGCCGACACUUACGGCUGACCAAUGGUUUGCCGGACAGAACGGACAACCCGUGUAUAUAAGCCUAAAACCGGAAGAAAUGGGUUUGUUAUCCGAAGCACAACCGCCGGCGCCCACAAAGAAAGACAAUAUAAAUGAGAAAUCAUUGCCGAUUCAGUUUGAGGGCGAUAUUCGGCUCAAGAGUUCGCUGGCAUUCCUUAGCGGCGGCCGACAGAAGGAGGAAAUGAUUAUUCAACAAAUGUCUGCAAAGGUUCAGUUCAAAGAGGAUGAAGAGUUGCCUCAAGACAACUAUGAAGGCGUUGAUCCACACGAAUGGGUAUUUAAUGAUGAUUUG